UCUCAAAAAAUCACAUUCUUGCAUAAAUUUUAUGAUAUGAAGCCGACAUCCAUGUGUACCCGCCGCCAAGUCCCGGAGUCAGUUUGUGUUUGAACUUGUACUCGAAUGGUGGUGGUGCUUGUAACUGACGCCUUAGAAUGCUUCCAACCUCUUUAUCAGCUCUACCGAUCUUGACGGUGGCGCUUCUACUGCUUCUAGAGGAAUCCUCCGGCGCUGGUGGUUCGCAGUAUCAACUGACCCAAAUCCGUCGACCGAAGCCUCCGAUACUGAAGAGUGGUCCGGAAUGCCCGACGCCGUAUUUUCCGAACGGUGUGGCGAAAGCUCGCCAACGGAACAAAAUGAUCCGGUACACGUGCUCCAGUGGAUUCUACCUGGUCGGUAACAUGUACUCGAUGUGCGAAAAGGGCCGCUGGGACGCGCCGGUUCCAAUUUGUAUCAAAGCCGGAUGUGCGGACUUGGAAACCGUGGAGAACGGGCAGUUGUCGUACGAGUACGGACGGGCUGCGGUGAUGUUGUUUUGUAGCACCGGGUACCAGAUUGCGGGAUCGUCGAAAGCGUAUUGUAAUGGGACUCAUUGGGACAGACCGUUGGGAUCGUGCCGAGAAACGGGUUUAGCCGUGCAGACUAGCUGUGACUUUGAAGUGAUGGACUAUUGUGGGUGGACUAACGAAGCUACGCAUGACUUUGAUUGGAAGCGCAGCGAUGGCGUGGUGUCCCCAAAGGCACUGAAGACCGGUCCCAAGUACGAUCAUACGACUAUGGUGCCGCUGGCCGGACACUUUUUGAUGGUAGAUUCAGCGGUGCAGCUGACGAACGAAACGGCUCGACUGUUAUCUCCCUUGUAUCCAGCAAACUACAGCCAAAGCGCAUGCUUCCAGUUCUUCUACCACAUGUACGGCGAUCAAAUAGGAUCGCUGACGGUGUAUGUGAAACCGUCUUCGGUAUCGCUAGACAGCUUAACCGCGGAAGAUGUGCUGUUUCACAGAGAUACCAAUCAAGGUAACAUGUGGAACGAAGGAUUUUCCAAGCUGAACGAACAGUCCGAUAGCUUCCAAAUAGUGAUCGAGGCAUCGCUGGGAAUGAAGUACAAGAGUGACAUUGCGAUCGACGACGUGAGUUUACUGUCCGGAAGCGACUGUCGAACCGGUGAAGGACAAGAUGACGUACUGGAAAUUUCCUCUGCCGUGCCGGACGAAGAACUGCCCGCAGAGCUUCCCACUGCUGAUAAGGACACGUUCAAGAUUGAUUCGUGCGAAAAUCGCUGCGGCGCCAACGUCUCGUCUCCGGUUCGCGUGGGCGAACUGUUCUUCAUUCACUGUGACUGUAUUGAAGGUUGCGUCGAAACGAAGACGUGCUGUCCAGACUAUGCGGAACGGUGUGUGUGGAGCGCCGGGGAUUCUCCCAGCUCUACAACGUUAUCAACAACGCCGUCCACUACAAGUACAACUCUAACGACACCUAGCACAACACCAUCUACCACGUCGACGACUACAACAACUGCAGCUCCUACAACAACCACAGUGAGAGCGACAACAAGUACAACGCAACGAAGUACUAGCACGACGACACAAAGUACUAGCACGACACAACGUAGUACUACAACGACUCAACGUAGCACCACGACUACGCAACGUAGUACAACAACAACCCAACGCAUCACUACGACACCAACAACACCGCGAACCACUAGCACAACCCAAAGAAAGACGACCACUACCCGACCAACAACCCCAAAACCAUCAUCCACAACAACUACGGGCAGACCGUACAACCUUCGGCCAAGAACGUCAACGGGAGCCCCCGUCAUCGUACCCAUGGUACGAACCCGUAAACCGACGACCCCCACGACCACCACCACCACCUCAACGGAAUCAACGACGGUAGAGUUGAGGAUCAUCUCCCGCAUGAACCUGGAGACGCUCGCCAGUCGAAGCGGUGACACCAAGCCGAACCUUGCGCACGUGUUCAUCUACUCCGGUGUGGCCGCGAUUGUGUUCAGCGCGAUCGUGGUGGCGAUCGUGCUACACAUCCGACGAAACUCCGGCGCCAGUGUGCUGGAACGGCUCAAGCAAAAGUCGAUGAAGAAGGGUACGGAAGGGUUCGAGGACGUGCGGUUUUUGGCCGUCGACGAGCAUUUGGACUUUAGCUUGACGCCGGAUGACGCUGAGGAAGCCGAGGAAAGCGAUCGAGAGGAGGCGGAGGAGAAGACUGUGCAGAAAAGCGGGCAUAAGCCUGGCAAGAAGGGAAAGAAGUGACUCAGGUUUGUGCGUGUGUGUGUGUUUUCUCUGUAAUUUAUUUUGAAUAAAGUUCUAGAACGUAA